AUGGAGUCUUUCCCCUCCCCCUCCAAGAAACAGUAUCCCGGCGCCCCUGAUGCCCCAUUCCCCUAUCGAUGCCGUGCCGUCUCUUUGACGCCGCCGCCGUCCGAUCCCCUCGCAAAAAGCCCACAACCAAGAUGGGGGGAAAAGACAAGAUGGAGAGAUACUCAACAAGCAGCAAAGCAGGACCCAAUAGAGGAGGCUAACGAGUUGCUGACAGCUACCUUCAAACUUGACGUGCGUAACCCUUUCGCACGGCCGCCGCUGCAAGCGAUGUCGACGACGCCGAACCUAGCGGCAGACGCCAGACCAGGAGCUUUGCGGCGACUGCGGGAGAGCUUCGCUCGCGGCUUUUCCAUGGGUGCCACAAAGCCAACCGCCCCCCCCCGAGUCGAGUCGGGCUGCAGUGACGAACUCUAUCUAGCGUUUCUGCUCCAUUUCCAUUUCGGACUGAUGCCCGACCCGAAAGCCUGGCGGACGGUCAAUCCUUCACCACACUGA